UAUGGCUACUCGGAGGCUGAUGCAGCAGAAAUGUACAUGGGUGGACUGCAGGAAGGUCACUAUAUAAAGGACAUUUUAUGUCCAAGAUCCACUACAAACUGCAAGAGAUUCAUCUCUACAAGCUCCAACCCAACAGCAACAAUGGUGCACUGGACUGCUGAGGAGAAAGCCGCCAUUACCUCCACCUGGGCCCAGGUCAAUGUUGAGCACGAUGGUCAUGAUACCCUGACAAGGCUGCUGGUCGUGUACCCCUGGACCCAGAGAUACUUCAGCUCUUUUGGAAACCUGUCCAAUGUGACCGCCAUCUCUGGCAAUGCCAAGGUCCAUGCUCAUGGCAAGAAAGUCCUUACAGCUAUUGGCGGUGCCGUCCACCAUAUGGAUGAUGUGAAACAUCACCUGGCUGCUCUCAGCAAGACUCAUGCCGAGAAACUUCAUGUGGACCCCGAGAACUACAAGCGUCUCGGAGAAGUUCUUGUCAUCGUUUUGGCCUCCAAGUUGGGAUCUGCAUUCACCCCUCAGGUCCAGGCUGCCUGGGAGAAGUUCAUCAAUGUCCUGGUGGCUGCUCUGAGCCAUGGCUAUUUCUAA